CACACAAUCUCCUUCUUGUCUCACUCCCAACUCGUUUAUAUUCCAAAAGAAUUACCAAAUGGCAAGUAAUUUAGGGCUUUUGGUUCCCCUUACCCUCAUCGUCUUUAGUGUCGUCUCCCUCCCUCUCCCGUCCACCGCCAUCUCCUCCUGCAAUGACGCAUGCAAAACCCUCGACGACUGCGCUGGCCAGCUCAUCUGCAUCAACGGCAAGUGUAACGACGACCCCGAUAUUGGGUCAACAGAAUGCAGACACGGCUCUUCACCACCUCCUACGACUGACAACUGUAAGUCGUCAGGAACUCUAGUUUGUGACGGCAAAUCAUACCCGACAUACACAUGCUCUCCAGCUGUGACAUCAUCCACAAAAGCCAGCCUUACUCUCAACGAUUUCAGCCAAGGCGGGGAUGGCGGUGGCCCGUCAUAUUGUGACGGAAAUUACCAUAACAACAGCGAGCGGGUUGUGGCACUUUCCACUGGGUGGUUUAAUAAUAAGUCGAGGUGUUUUAAUAUGAUAAGAAUUACGGCAAGCAAUGGGAAGAGUGUGACGGCAAAAGUGGUUGACGAAUGUGAUUCGCGUGCUGGAUGCGAUGAGGAGCAUGGAGGUCAACCGCCGUGUCAGAACAACAUUGUUGAUGGAUCUUCGGCUGUGUGGGACGCUUUGGGACUGAACAAAGAUUUGGGCGUUGUGCCUGUUACUUGGUCCAUGGCCUAGUUAUAGUUACCAUUAUAGAACUUAAUAAAAUAAAGGGUUCUUUAUAUAUAA